AUGACUGGUCAACGCAAGACAAGUGGCCGACGCACGACGAGUGGCCGCCGCAAGACGGAUGGCAUGCCUGAGGUUGGGGAGCGAGCCAAUGUUCUUUUCCACCUCGAACCCGUAAACAGGAGGACAGAAAGACUUUUCAAAGACGCUGAGAACAGUCCCCUCCAGGCCAUUGAUGACUACGGAACAGUCGUUCUUGAAAUCGGCCAUGUAAUGUCUGUAUGGGGCUCGAAGACACUUGCGUGCAUUGGACGGCAUCGUCUCGACGUCUGCUUGUACGACCCAUCAAUUUCCGUCUUCCAAUGCUUCUUCGAGAUUAACCGAAACACAGGGGUCAUCAUGUUCAAUGACAUUUCAGCUCGGAGCACCAGUCGUUUUAUCGGAUCCAAUGCAACCGACUUUCCACCCAACUUGCCGCGCCGCGUGGUUAUUCUACCACGUGUUAACACCCAAAUACAGCUGGGCCACGAGGGCGUCAUCCAGUUUAAUAUUGUUUGGAAUGACAGACAUCCUCAAGGUGCAAUUGCCGCUGCCCAAGCGCUUCCCUUACCCCAUGGCAUUACUGACAACCAAGAAAUAGGAGUGCGGGGUGGUGGCAUCACGCCUAGGCUCACCCGGCCAGAAUCUAAAUCACCUUCCAUUUGGAACGCUAACAUCAAAUGGACCAAAAUUGAUGAUCUUGGUGCCGGCGGGUUCGGGAUGGUGAGCAAAGGCAUCAACCUGUUUACGGGCGAGUUCAUGGCUGUCAAACAGCUCAAGCAGAGACCCCGUAUUGUAGAGUUUUACGGCUCCAGUGGUCACGAUACUGGGUCGAUCAAGAUGUUCAUGGGCUUGAGAGACGGCUCACUUGCUAGUUUUCUCAAGAAGUACCCCGGAACAUCACGUAUUGACCUCGCUCAGAGGGUCCUGCGCCAGAUGCUCGAAGCUCUUGCUUGCGUCGCCUCUCACAAUAUGAUCCAUCAUGAUGUGAAACCCGACAACAUCCUCUACUCCAUGGGGAGCUGCCUAGAAUCAACCGAAUUCUUUCUUUGCGACUUCGGCCAGGCAUACAAGGGUGGUGUAGAUAAAGAAUGCGGUGGGACUCGGCUCUUUAGGCCACCCGAAAUCUUUCAGAGACGACCCAACACGCCCAAGGUCGAUAUAUGGGCCCUUUUCGUAACCAUGCUGGAGAUCUUGGAUGAGAAGGACUGGCGAAGGCGAUCCAGGAAGUGCGACGCGUCAGCCAACAGCCAGUUCCAUCCGAUCGAGCUUGUUGAAGAAUUUGCGGACGAUGAAGAGACCGAGGCCUACACCUUCCGCAAGAUGGCACGAAUCGACCCUGACAAGCGCUACUCGGCUGAGGGCCAGACCAACUUAGAGAGUAGUUGA